AUGACCACCUCCACUACCGCCACCACCCUCCGCCCCGCUAAGUUCUCCGAACACCCCCGUAUGGCGCAAAUCUUCUCUUCUGCCUUCCGUGAAGAAUCCGUCUUCGGCGUGAUCAUGAACCCGCACCGGCACCAGUACCCCGCCGACAUGGCGCUCUGGCCUCUGCGGCGCAACCGGCUCAAUCACUGGGAUUGGACGCAUCGGUUCCUUGUCACUACCAUGACGGAUCAGGUGACCAAGAGGGAGGUGAUUACCGGGUGGGCGGAGUGGGCUCGAUGGGGGAAGGAGGGGAAGAGGAAAUGGGGGCUUAGCUGGUGGGAUCCUACGGUUUCUACCAAACCAGGAAACCUGUUGAAGCCUCUGACCAUCCUCUUCAACCGUCUCAGCUCUCUUGUCUAUCCUAAUCGCGCUAUUGAUCCAAGCAAGGAGGACAUUCUCGAGAGGGCGUUUCCCUAUUUUGCCGAGCUUUGGUCGGGACCUCGCGCCGAAACAUGGUAUCUCGCGGCGCUGGCUGUGGAUCCUAAGUACCAUGGCCAGGGAUGUGGGCGUAAGCUGGUGAGAUGGGGGUUGGAGCAGGCGACGAAGGAGGGUGUUUGCGCUAGUGUGAUCAGUGCGCAUGGGAAGGAGAGGUUCUACCAGAGAUGUGGCUUUGACGUGCAAGAGGGCAGAGCUGGGCAAGGGGAGGGGAAUCCUUUGAGCGAGGGAGCUGGGGGUUUGAUCUUCUGGAAAGAGCCUGAUAUUCAAAAGGAGACGUGA